AGGAGAGGUCCACUCAUCUACGAUCCUCGGCUCAAUACAGACAUAACUUUUCAAGGCAACUGACACGUCUUAAAGGAGAACAGGAGAAAGACAUCGUAAACCCUGAGAGGCAACCAUAGUGAACCUGGACAGGGAUAUGAAAAAGAGAGGCCACAGUACAUUAUAGAGUCUGCUGUUGCUGCUGCUGUACUCAGAGACAGUCUCUCUAUCAGAAUCUUCUCCUGACCGUGGUUCUACCAGAGAGAUAGAAGCAGAGAGGCUGUGUGUCCAGAGCUCUCCAGUCCAGUCUCUAGAGGUCUAUCCUGCUGCCAUGGCCCUUGAGUGCACUGCGUCCCAUUGGUGAGCGAGGGGCAUCAGAGGGCAGAAGACAUGUUGGGACAGAGGCCUGGGAACCGCACUGAAGCUUGCUGUAGUAACCAUGGAAAUACUAUGGAGGACCUUGGCCUGCAUUGUUGUCAUCAUCGUCAUGGUUGCCACCGAGGUCGCAGAAAGUCAGACUGCUGAAAAGUUCACCCAGUCACAAGCUGCGUUCCUGUCCAGCCUGGGCCAGUAUGAAAUUGUAAUCCCGGUUCGCGUGGGGCCGCAGGGCGAGACCCUGGACACACUGGAUGGAGGUGCAGACAGCCCCAACCACCACCGGCGGAGCCACCGCAGUGCUGAGGACCAGCAACAGGACCCGUCCCAGCUGUACUACCAACUCUCCACCCCCAAAACUAACUUCUUCCUCAACUUGACCCUGCAGGGGGGCCUGCUGUCCCACCAGUUCCGUGUGGAGUACUGGAGGAGGGGCCGUCUGGCCUGGAGCCACCCUUAUGCCCCCCAGUGUCUCUAUGUAGGCCAUCUGCAGGGUCAGCCCCACUCCAGCAUGGUGGCUCUCAGCAACUGUAACGGCCUGCAGGGGGUGAUCGUGGCGGGCGGUGAAGAGUACCUCGUCGAGCCUCUGACCCCGGCCGAAAACCUCACUAGGACGGAGAGGGGGAAGGGCCGCCCCCAUGUGGUUUACAAGAGGUCAUCUCUUCGCCACCAGUACAUGGACCAGUCCUGUGGUGUCAUCGAUGAGAAGCCAGGUAAAGGCAUGGCCUGGUGGCAGAGGACUCUGAAGACUCCUCCCAACCCCAUCGGCCGAGGCCAGCUGCCCCUGAAGAGGUCUGUGAGCAGAGAGCGCUACGUAGAAACACUGGUGGUGGCCGACAAGAUGAUGGUGGGGUACCACGGCCGCCGGGACAUCGAGCAGUACAUCCUGGCUGUCAUGAAUAUUGUUGCCAAACUGUUCCAGGAUUCUAGCCUGGGGAACGCAGUGAACAUCGUGGUGACCCGCCUCAUCCUGCUCAUGGAGGACCAGCCGACUCUAGAGAUCAACCACCAUGCAGGGAAGUCCCUGGACAGCUUCUGUAAGUGGCAGAAAUCCAUCCAGAACCGGAAUGGCAACGGGAAUGCCAUCCCAGACAACGGCAUCGCUCACCACGACACUGCCGUGCUCAUCACCAGGUACGACAUCUGCAUCUACAAGAACAAGCCAUGUGGAACUCUAGGUCUAGCACCAGUGGGAGGGAUGUGUGAGCCAGAGAGGAGCUGCAGCAUCAACGAGGACAUCGGCCUGGCCACAGCAUUCACCAUCGCCCAUGAAAUAGGACACACGUUUGGGAUGAACCAUGACGGAGUGGGCAACGCCUGUGGCUCCCGCAGUCAGGAGACAGCCAAGCUGAUGGCUGCACACAUCACCAUGAAGACCAACCCUUUUGUCUGGUCUGCCUGCAGCCGAGACUACAUCACCAACUUCCUGGACUCAGGCAUGGGUUCCUGCCUCAACAACGUCCCCCCCAAGCAGGAGUUUGUGUACCCCACCACGGCCCCCGGCCAGGCCUACGAUGCAGACGAGCAGUGCCGCUUCCAAUAUGGAGUGAAGUCUCGGCAGUGUAAAUACGGGGAAGUCUGUAGCGAGCUGUGGUGCAUGAGCAAGAGCAACCGCUGCAUCACCAGCAGCAUACCCGCCGCCGAAGGAACCAUUUGUCAAACCAAUACCAUAGAGAAAGGGUGGUGCUAUAAGAGGUUGUGUGUGGUCUACGGGACGUGGCCAGAGGGGGUGGACGGCGGCUGGGGUCUCUGGACUCCCUGGGAAGAGUGCAGCCGUACCUGUGGGGGAGGAGUGUCCUCCUCCAUCCGCCACUGUGACAGCCCCAGGCCAACCAUUGGUGGAAAGUAUUGUCUGGGAGAGAGGAAGCGCUUCAGAUCAUGCAAUAUUGACGAGUGCCCUGCAGGCUCUCAGGAUUUCCGGGAGAUUCAGUGCUCCGACUUCGACAACGUUACUUUCCGGGGGAAAUUCUACACCUGGAAACCCUACAGGGGAGGUGGAGUGAAGUCCUGCUCUCUGAACUGCCUGGCGGAGGGAUAUAACUUCUACACAGAGCGUGCUCCGGCUGUGGUGGACGGGACGCCAUGUCGAGACGACUCUCUGGAUGUCUGUGUGAACGGGGAGUGCAAGCACGUGGGCUGUGACCGGAUCCUGAGCUCGGACGUGCGCGAGGACCGCUGCCGGAUCUGCGGGGGUGAUGGGAGCAGCUGUGAGGCCAUCGAGGGCCUCUUCAAUGACUCCCUGCCUGAAGGAGGUUAUGAAGAGGUGGUCAGAAUCCCCAAAGGAUCAGUGUUCAUUCAUAUCCAGGAGCUCAACGUUUCCCUCAACUUCCUAGUGCUGAAGAGUAAAGGGGAACAGUUCUUCAUCAAUGGGAAGCUGACCAUCGACACCCCUCGUAGGUUCGACAUCGCAGGGACCACCUUCCACUACCGCCGGCCCACUGACCAACCUGAGACCCUGGAGGCCCUGGGGCCCACCAACAUGACCAUCAUCGUCAUGGUACUGGUGAGGGAAGAGAACCCAGGGAUCCACUACCGCUUCAACCCUCCAGUCAGCAGAAACCUUUUGAGUGGAUAUGCCUGGCACUACACAUCCUGGUCCCGCUGCUCUGCACUCUGCGCUGGGGGUGGUCAGACCCAGCAGGUAGUGUGUAAGAAGCAGACUGAUCACUCCGUGGUCUACAACCACUUCUGUGACAAGAAGAGCAAACCCAAAGACAAGAAGCGAGGCUGCAACUCUGAGCCAUGCUCCCCAAGCUGGUGGUCUGGGGUGUGGUCUGAGUGCAGUCGCAGCUGUAACGGGGGCCUGAGGACCAGAGAGGUGUUGUGUAAGAGGAAGAUCUCUCCUACAGAGGAGAAGGUCCAGGACGACGGCGCCUGUACUCCUCCACGACCACCCCUCACUGAACCCUGCAGCAACCACACCUGCCCCCCCGAGUGGCUGGCCCUGGACUGGUCAGAGUGUAAUCCCAGUUGUGGUCCAGGGUUCAGGCACCGUGUCCUUCUGUGUAAGCGUGGGGAAAGUGGAGACACACUGCCAGAGUCCCAGUGUCCCAAGCAUGGGCGUCCCACCACCAGGGUACGCUGUAACCUGCAGCGCUGCCCACCCCCCAUGUGGGUCACAGGGCCCUGGGGAGAGUGCUCGGCCAAGUGUGGUCUGGGUCAGGAGAAACGCUCUGUGCAGUGUCUCGCACAAACCGGCCAGCCGUCCAAUGAGUGCCCAGACCUCCAGCGCCCGGCAGCCAUGCAACAGUGCAAGAGCAAAUGUGACCUCAGUAGCCUACCCAUGGACAUCCCCGAGGGUGAACCUGAAGAGUGCAAAGAUGUGAACACAGUGGCGUACUGCCCCCUGGUGCUCAGGUUUAAGUUCUGCAGCCGCCCCUACUUCAGACAGAUGUGCUGUAAGACCUGCCAAGGACACUGACCCCUGAACCAGACCGAGAGCCAGACCAGGAGCCACCCCUAGCGGGCCCAGACCAGACCAGGAGCCACCCCUAGCGGGCCCAGACCAGACCAGGAGCCACCCCUAGCGGGCCCAGACCAGAACAGGAGCCACCUCUAGCGGGCCCAGACCAGACCCACUGAGCUGCACAUUCCACAGGGGGGAGGGACGGCCCAGCCAACGCACUGCAGAGCAGCCUUCCUGACAUCAGUGGACAGAGAAGUAGAUGGCGGGAGAGAGAAAGAGAAGUGUACUUUUAUCCCGCACUCUGAAAGUGCCCUAUCUUAUACCAGCUUUGGGGGCACUGCUGUGAAGACCAGAUGAGCUGCUGGGAUAUCUCUCUGUUUCUAUGUACGUACACUAUAUAUACAAAAGUAUGUGGACACCCCUUCAAAUUAGUGGAUUCGGCUAUUUCAGCCACACCUGUUGCUGACAGGUGUAUAAAAUCGAGCG